CUCCGCUCCCAGCAGUGCAGAUCUGUGGACCCUUGUCCGCCGUCCCCGCCAAAAUGUCUACAAGUGCACCCGCAGGUUCAAGUGCUGCCGCUGGCAGUAAUCGAAGACUUCAGCAGACACAAAAUCAAGUAGAUGAGGUGGUGGACAUAAUGAGGGUUAACGUGGAUAAGGUGUUGGAAAGAGACCAGAAGCUCUCCGAGUUAGACGACCGUGCAGAUGCGCUGCAGGCAGGUGCCUCUCAGUUUGAAACAAGUGCUGCCAAGUUGAAGAGAAAAUACUGGUGGAAGAAUUGCAAGAUGUGGGCCAUAGGGAUUACUGUUCUGGUUAUCAUCAUCAUCAUCAUCAUCGUGUGGAGUGUCUCUUCAUGAAGAACCAGUGAAACUCAAGCCUGCUGUUCAAGAAACCUCAAGACUUUUGACAUAGAACCUGCUUACCUACUGUUAUAUCUAAACUAGUUAUUUUUGUUAGUUAAUGUAAAGUUCAGUUUCUAGGAAAUGUGCCUUUUGUUUUUUAACAUGCACUCCAAGUUAGAAGUACGGCCAGCCCCGUCCACAUUUUGCACAGUGCCUUUACAGAUUUACAUAUGGGCUGAUGAAGAGGACCUCUUAAGUUGCAGAGUAGUAUAAUUGAAAUGUAAUGUCGUCACUGAUUAAUUGCUGUUGAUCCCAGUUAAGGGAAUUUUUGCCAAGUUAGUUAUCCUUGUCAUAUGGCAUCGUCUUCAGAAUUGCAUUUUAAACUCCUGGGUAAUUAGGUUUCCAACUUGUGCCUUCCAGAAAGAAAACACUACUGCCUAGCACAAAUCUGUGACACUAACAGGCUGUGCCUUAUUUUAAUACUUUUCUGAUUCCCCUUAAAAAACUCGCUCCUCUGUGUUUUCCUGAGCACUACUGACUUUUUCCGCUGUAUUUAAAACAAGAUGCUGGUAAAGAGUUUCUGCUCUAACAUUAGAUAUGAAGAUGUUUACUUUCUUGUUAUUGUUUUGUAUCACUUGCUAAAAAUACUAUUUUGAUCAGAAACAAUAACCUUUUCACAAAGUUUUUUAGAGCUGCGGCUAUGACCAAAGUUUCUAUUUUGCCAAAAAGUUAAAUACUGAUAAAAUAUCAUCAAGUCUGUUCCCAACAGAUAAAUACAGAAAAGUGCCAAAUGGAAUUCAAAGUGCCCUGCAGAAUUAAAAUUGGAAUACUGUGUUUGAAUUUUCUACUACAUGUUAACGAUCUUUCUUGGCUUUGAACUGUAGAUGGUGAUGUUCCCCCUCUGAUGCGUCAUUUCUCAUGGGGGGUUAGAGAAGGUUUGAGCUAGGCUCUGACUGCCUCAUACCUAGGGACAAAGAGUUUACCCUGCAGUUACAAAUUAUCAGCUGGGGACUCCAGUAUGUGUCUAGGAAUUAUGUAGCCCUCAAGUAAGACCAUCUGUGAAUUUGAUCAUUAUCUGGCCCAGUCUUCAUAGACUAUAGCUUUUUGGAGUUUGUUUCCUAUUUUUACUCAUAUUCUACUUCCUAAAUCAGUCUUCUAAUUUGCUUCCAGUUAGGCAUUGGUCAGGGGAGGGUGAGGCUUUUCACAGAGAACAGCUAACCAGAGACAUUUCCUUUCUUCAGUGUCAUAAACUACCUGCACAGGAUGCUGCUUUGAAAAAGCUGUUGUCAUCUGGGAGACUUAUUGUCUACAUGAUGACAUCAGGGUAUGUGGCUUAAAGAUGGGAGUUUAGGUAUGAAAACAGGAAAGGAGGCACUGAAGGAGAAACAAACUUUACUACUUUGUGGCCCACUGUCACUAGAGAGUUCUAAAAUUCUUCACAUUCUAUUACGACUUAACAAAGCAACAACAGCUUAGGUACACCAGGAUGUGGGUUCUGCUUCUCUAGUGUCUGUCCCCUGACGUCACUGAAAUGAUUUAAUAUUGAAGACAUGGUUUGCAGUGUGCCUCGCUGUGAGGAGAGAGCAGCUAUCAGUGUUGAGACAUGAGCCCACCUUCAGCACAGGGUCUGUGGCCAAGUCUGACUCUGAAACCUUGGUGCUUUCUCCUUGGCCUCAGUGCUCGGUUCCAUGUAACCCACUGGCUCCUGCAUUAACCCAGGAAUACCUCGCUCAUAUCCGUGCAUUUAGCUGGGAACUGGCCCACUGUAAUGACCUGAAUAAAGUGUUUAUAAACAUGA